AUGGUUGUGAAGACCACAAGUUUUGAAUACCUUAAAAAAUUGAAAUCCCCUUUCCACACUGAUGUGAGUGUUUCAAGCAGAAUGAGAUUUGGCAGAGGGAGUAAGGUAUCUGGGAGUGGUGUGGUUUCGACACCUUUGGUUACAAAGGAAGACAAAACACCUUAUUUUGUGACCUUACUAGGUAUCAGUGUCGGAAACAAGUAUAUACACUAUGAUGGUUCUUCAGAAAAUGUUGAGAAAGGUAACAUGUUUCUUGAUUCUGGAACACCUCCAACUAUCUUACCGACACAGUUUUAUGAUCGUGUGGUGGCUGAAGUGAAGAACCAAGUUUCCAUGGAACCUGUCGGGGACGAUCCUGAUUUGGGUAUCCAACUUUGCUAUCGAACAAAGAAUAAUCUUCUUGGUCCUGUGCUAACUGCUCAUUUUGAAGGUGUAAAUGUAAAACUGGAACCAUUUCAAACCUUCGUUUCACCGAAAGAUUUUGUUUUCUGCUUGGGGUUCACCAACACCAGUAGUAAUGGGGAAAUUUAUGGUAACUUUGUUCAGUCAAAUUAUCUGAUUGGGUUUGUUCUAGAAGCAAAAGUUGUCUCUUUCAAGCCAACAGAUUGUACCAAGAACUCGUAG